AUGCGUCGCCUGGCUCUCAUCAGCUGUAGAAGGCGAAGACCAUUAUUAUCAUUAUCAUCAUCAUCACUAUUAUUAUUAUUAUUCUCUCGCCAUCUACACACAUCGCCGUGUUUGUUCUUCACAACGCCGAAUAAACCUGGAUACUCCGACGAGGAUGCACUCGGGGCAAAAGACCCAUUCCAGGCAGUGUCGGAAUCACUGAAAAAUCAACAACAACAACAACAACGAGAAAAAGAAAAAGAAGAAAAAGGCGAGAAACAGAACGCCCUACCAGAUGAGAUUGAUCCAAUCGCCUCAGCCGUCAAUCGUCGACGGAAUCGUCGCAAAAGAACUGUAGACUCCAUAUUUGGUGAUGUCUUGCAUGAGGCAUUAAAACUCCGGGAUAUGGGCCAGAAACCAGAUGCGGAUUUUGUUUACAAACGAACACAGGAACGCAUGUAUGAAGAGGAGUAUGGACAUAAGCCCCCCAGUAGUAAAGAUCACGCAGCGAAGUAUAUUCCAUUUCCACCAGACUUAUCUCUUAAUCGUUUAAUUCCAUUAGAAGAAGUUGUUGGUGAAGAUCCGUGGCCGGAACGCGCCAUCACUCCAGCGAAUCCCGUUUGGACUCAACAACAAGUAGAAGAAGACCGUGCAAAGAACGCCGGGAUUAAAUUAAAGGCGUGGGAAAAGAAAAUGUUCGCCCCACGUGAGGGAUUUGACCCGAUUGGGGAAUUCACAGAUGCCAUGGAUGAAUUGGCGUAUUGGGAAGAACGGUUUGUUCGUUUUAUUCGUGAGGCCCCAUUACCGCAGCGACGCACACUGCCGCUUCUGCAUGAAGUCUAUCGAUAUAUCACCCAUCGACUCAUUCGAGCAGAGCGGCGGUAUUGCACUACUCGCGAUAUCACACUUGCGAAGACUCGCGCAUCGCCCUCUGUGUAUAAAAUGACAGAAGAGAAUAUUGAUCGUAUUCGAGCCCUUUACGCAGAGACACAUCGUUCUCUUUCAAGUCCCAAUUAUGAUCCGGUGCGUAUGCGGAAAUCUGUAACGGGUCCUCUAUUAAACAUGAGUGAGGCAGAGUUUGAAGAGUGGCGUAAUGUUAGAAAACAUCAGAGGAAUCGCCUUGUUUCAGAAAUUGUGUAA